AUGGAUUCCUCUGACGAUUACCCGUUCGGCUAUUCCGGGUCGGGGUAUCACUACGGCCGCCCACACCCACCUCCACCUCCUCAACCGGUCAGACAGCAACCGACGAUCAUUCCUGUCCCGACUCUCCCAACACAACCAGCGCUCCGACCUCUAAGCUCUGUAAACGAUCCUGCCCCAACUCCAUCUACCAUUUCCAAAGACGAGACAGCGUCUGACUCGGUACAUAAAUUCUAUGCUCUAGCGAAAAAGGUGGACUCAGCCCCGACAUCGAAGACUGACGGAGCGGCGAGUACGCCAGGAGAGCAAGGAAACAAUUUGGUGGAGCGAACGGGAUCUCCGGUUGCUUCAGUAAGUUCCAACGAUUCAUACGAUUACGGGAGGGGGUACGCCAAUAAUACGUACACGGGCUACAAUGGUGGUCAAGUAAUACCAGAAAUACCGCAAGGCGCAAAUCCGUUUGCACCAUCAAGCUUAAAUCCCUUUGCACCACCGGGCGGAAAUUUCUUUGCACCAUCGGGCAGGUAUUUCGACAGCGAUGGCCGCCCGCGAGUGGUUGACCAGAAUGUUGGCCCAGCUUCUGCUUUGUCUAGCAAUAAUAGAUACCCCGUGACAAACCAGCCUCAAGGGAUAGAUGAGAGCAGGAGACAGUAUCCCCGUGUCACGAAUGAUCCUGUUGUCGUUGAAGAGUUGCUUGAUCGGCUUCAGGAACUGGAGACGGAGAAUAAUCAACUGCGACGUGGUAAAAAAUUGAAGAAGCCGAAGAUAAAUGUUCAGGUCUUUCAUACAUUGGUGCACCACAAUCAACCCGAUCACAGGCAGUUCGCAAUGGGAAUGCAUGCCAUGAAGAACAACACUCUCGAAACAUAUCUCUCCCAACCCCACUUUGAGGUUUAUAAUGGAACAGCGAUACUCAAGGGUGAGUUCCGUGUUCUAGAUCCUCAGGGGUAUGUGGAGAAGAAAGGAGAUAUAUCCUUCGUCAUUCAAAAGCGCUACUACAUGGAGCAUCAGCGAUCCGAAGUCGACGAGGCUAUAAGGAACAAUGAAGCUAUUCCGAAGCCCUCGCCUAAAAGUGAAGAGCUACAACUCGUUUCCCCAGAAAUGAUCCAAGCUGUUGGAGCAUUCUUCGACCAGGACCCGACGUUUAGAAAAGAGUUUCCUUCCAUUAAUGAAAGGAAGCGAAUGGGUUCGCCGUUCAUCUGGUGGUAUCAUUAUCGAAACACACUCGAUGCUAGCCAACUGCAACCCCGGCAACGCCAACUUGUUAUGGAGUUGACUUCGUGGAUUGAUUCAACGUACGGAUUACUUUAUGAUGAAAUCGAUUCACAGUUCCGUAAAGGUCUGGUCUCACCUUCCAACUUCCAGUAUCUUAUACGUCCAGGAAGUGUUCUUGUAUCGAACCAUGGCAAUCUGCCUCAAGGCUACUUGGCCAAGUCCCAUCCGGUGCCGGCUACUCCCCAGGCAGGGGAUGAACAUAGAGCAUUAAUAUCGUCAUGGCGGAUACCAGCAUGUUCGUUGCGCUACAAUGGAGAGUUGGUGUGGUCAGACGAAGACCUCGAAAUAGAGUUGAACGUUGAAGAUGGAGAUAUGGAGAUGGCAAUCACAGGUUUGGACCUGAUCCCGCUUGAGUAUUCAAGCAAUGAAGUGCGUCAACUACUGGAGUCUCGUGGGAAACAGGCCUUCUGGUGUAGUCAAAAGGGUCACCUUGUUUCUUAUAAAGCCAGGUCUGACGAUAAGAAAUCGAUUGGUCAACGGUUCAUGAUUGACUUCCACACCUAUAAAGAACUGCAUCCGGAAGCCAAGCUAUUCCAGAACCUGGACAAACUGAUGACCAAAAAGAACAAGCCAUACAGUCCAAACAAUGGAGUACCCGAAUCUCUGGACGUAUACGUAUUCCCCAGCGAGAUCCCUGGGUUCAACUUUCGAACGAAGAAAUGGACCACACUUGAGGUUGACCUCAUCCAAGAAAUAAAUUGGAAUGACGAAGCUUUCGGAAGUCUUGUAGCAGAUGAUGACACAAAAGAAAUGAUACAGGCUCUCGUUACCAAUCAGUUGACCACUCAGAAAGGAACGGAUCUUAUUGAGAGUAAAGGCAACGGCCUGAUUCUACUGCUUCAUGGACCACCGGGCACUGGCAAAACUUAUACCGCCGAGUCUGUAGCUGAGAUUGCAAGAAAGCCUCUUUAUCCAGUCACCUGCGGGGACAUCGGAACGGAGCCCGAAGCUGUGGAGAAAUACCUCGACUCGGUUUUCCAUCUAGGCAAGAUCUGGGACUGCGUCGUACUCCUGGAUGAAGCGGAAGUUUUUCUCGAGCAGCGCACCCUCAACGACCUGAAACGCAACGCAUUGGUGUCUGUGUUCCUACGUACCCUCGAGUAUUAUGAAGGCAUCUUGAUCCUCACCACCAACAGAGUCGGCACGUUUGACGAAGCGUUCAAGUCUCGUAUUUCACUAGCAUUACGAUACGAGAAACUUACUCAGGUCCAGCGCAAACAGGUUUGGUGGAAUUUUAUUCGAAGAUUGGAGGACCUGGGAGAGCAGGAUAGUGUGGAUCUAGAGGAUCUAAAGCUGCACAUCGACGAGCUGGCGGUCUAUCCCAUGAACGGACGACAGAUACGAAACUCGAUUAGUACGGCACGACAACUUGCUCUGUACAAGAACACUAGGAUGACUUUUGCGCAUCUGCAGCGAUCCAUCAUUCUGGCGAACAAGUUUGAACAGUAUCUGGCAGAAGUACGGGAGGGCGACCCGCCCGAGUCGUUGGAAACAGCAAGAGCCGGUAGGCGGAUGGAUGAGUUCUUUGCGCGUACGGAUUUCAUUAGAUGA